UAUUAUCAAAUGAUUAGCCUUUGUUGCAGCACUCCAUUCUUUCGCACCGAAAGUAGGCGGCACAUAGCGAGAGACAGACGCGGAGAAGAUGUGGAGUGAACCCAGUCUCCUCCGGGGCUCGCGGAUACGACCGAGGAGGCAGCCCGUGUGAUGCCGCCGCUGCUGCAACACCUCUGGGGGCGAUGCAGGAGACGCGGUGCAGCAGGCACUAGAGAAAGGGAGGCGGUGUAGCCUAUAGGAGGAGAAGACCAGACCGACUACUACAACAACGCCAGAUGGGGAGCCGCUGACUGAGAGAGAAAGCGAGAGAGAGAGAGAGAGAGAGAGAGAGAGAGAGAGAGAGAGAGAGAGCAGAAACAGCGCAUGGUGGAGAAGAAGAAAGCGGGGAGACAGCCGACAAGCAGGGGAUUAGGUGAUUGAACCCGUGAUCGCUCAGUUUCAACACCUCCGACAGAGACCCCCAGCCUCCAGUCGCUGUUUGGGGGGAGAGAGAAAGCCACAAAAAAUAUUAUAGUGGUGAUGGAUCGGCAUUCAGCUCUGAACAACAAAGUGAGCAGAAUGUCAGUCAUGGCGAGGCUCGUCCUUUCCCUCCUGCUCCUGUUUGGAUGCCAAAAUAGUCGCUGCCUGUCCUCCACGGAGGCCCAGAAGGAGGCGGCGGCCAACGACAACAGCACCGUUUUCACCAGGAUCCUGGAUGGGCUCCUGGACGGCUAUGACAACAGGCUCCGGCCGGGGCUUGGAGAGAACGUCACAGAGAUCAAGACGAAUAUUUUCGUCACCAGCUUCGGCCCAGUGUCGGACACGGAGAUGGAAUACACCAUAGACGUCUUCUUCCGUCAGAGCUGGAAGGACGAGCGUCUGUGCUUCAAAGGGCCGAUGGAGAUGCUGCCGCUGAACAACCUGCUGGCCAGCAACAUCUGGACCCCCGACACCUUCUUCCUCAACGGCAAGAAGUCCAUCGCUCACAACAUGACAACGCCCAACAAGCUGCUGAGGCUGAAGGACGACGGCACUUUGCUCUACACCAUGAGACUGACCAUAUCGGCGGAGUGCCCCAUGCAGCUGGAGGACUUCCCCAUGGAUGCACACGCCUGCCCUCUCAAGUUUGGCAGCUAUGCCUAUCCGGUGUCAGAGGUGGUCUACACGUGGACUCAGGGAGCCGCUAAGUCCGUGGUGGUGGCAGAGGACGGCUCCAGACUCAACCAGUACCACCUCAUUGGGCAAAACGCCGGCACAGAGGACAUACACACAAGCAGAGGGCAGUACACAGUGAUGAUGGCCCACUUCUACCUGAAGAGGAAGAUUGGAUAUUUUGUCAUCCAGACGUAUAUGCCCUGCUUCAUGACCGUAAUCCUGUCCCAGGUGUCAUUUUGGCUCAACCGAGAAUCGGUUCCCGCCAGGACCGUCUUUGGGGUGACCACUGUGCUGACCAUGACCACCCUCAGCAUCAGCGCCCGGAACUCGCUCCCUAAAGUGGCCUACGCCACGGCCAUGGACUGGUUCAUCGCCGUCUGCUACGCCUUCGUCUUCUCCGCCCUCAUCGAGUUUGCCACGGUGAACUACUUCACCAAGAGGAGCUGGGCCUGGGACGGAAAGAAGGCUCUGGAGGCGCAGCACCCGAAGAAGCGAGACCCCAUGGUGCUGUCCAAGAAGCCCAACAACGUCUGCUCGGCGGGCGUCAACUACACCCCCAACCUCACCAAGGACGUGUCCAUCUCCACCAUCUCCAACACGACGUCGGUGCAGCUCCGGGCCUCCGAGACCAAGAUGAUGGACCCGAAGAAGACCUACAACAGCGUCAGCAAGAUCGACAAGAUGUCGCGAAUAGUGUUCCCCGUGCUGUUCGGAACCUUCAACCUCGUCUACUGGGCCACGUACCUGAACAGAGAACCGGUGGUGAAAGGUGUGACCUCAACGUAAUCUCUCUUUUUGUUUUGUUUUGUUUUUCUGAGACAGCGAGUUUGUGUAAGGGAUUAAGUUUGAGCCUAAUGUGUGAGACUAAAAGGACAAGGAGUUGUUGAAAAAAUUAAAUAAAACACAAAUAUCUGCGCUUGAAGAACAAAAACAAACUAUACUCAACUAUCUAAUUCAAGCACUUUGAAUGGAUGCAAGGCUGCAACCGAUCCCUUUUCCUGUUUUUCAUGGCCAAAAAAAAACUGCUCGAUCACAAACGAAGCUGCUCCCGAGACUAUGUCGACGAGAGUGCGGCUGUUUUUGCUUUUUUCUCAUCUGUCCUGCUGCAGUUUGCAUGACGCUGUCCUCAAAAGGAAACCACGGACUCCUCUUUGUCUUGAAUACCGGCCAUGUACAUGUCAACCACUGCUUAAAGGGUGGGAGCGCGCUUCAUUGCUACUACUUGAGGUUUUAAAUUAAACAAACGUAGGCAUUUUUGAUCGAUUUUUUGCCUAAAUUUAUUUAUUGCCUAAUAAAUAUUCUUAUCUCGGAGGCUCGUGCUAUUGAGACAGCUUUCAAUAUAGAAUGAAUAGAAGUUGAUUUAGAAAAAUGUACUUAAUUCCACACUGUGUGGAAGAAACAUCUCUUGAGAAUAAUGCUGCAAGCGCAUUAAUUAUUAAGUUUUAUGUCUCUUUAAAAAAAAUGAAAAAACGUUGCCAUUUUUUCUUCCUAUUGCAGCGGGUGUUUGUGUGUCUCUUUGUACGUAUUUACUUGAAGAUUUUAAAGCCUUCGGUUACGAAAAAAGAUUGAGUGCUACCUGAAGGUGAAGAAGAAAAAAAAAUGUAUUCGGAAAAUUAUUAUCGCAGGUUUUUUUUUUUUUUUUUAAAUGAAGAGACAAUUCUUCAUUCAUAAAAAAAAUCUAAAAGUCUUCAUUUACUUCUUUGGCCCACUUCCACUGGGCGACUGGUCAGCUGUGGGCGGUGUGUUCAGGACAAAUUUAGGAUUGGAUAUAUGUGCUUCGACUGAAUUUUGAGCCCCGGGUCACUCAGCUAGAAAACUAAUAUUCACAGUUGAGAGACCAGCGCUCCAAACGCAGAGUGUGUCACAUACAUAUCAGCGGAGGGAGAGUUUGGGGACUGUCAUUCAGGCUGCAAGCACCCGCCCUGCUUAUACUCGGGUCUUUACAACUUAAGUGGGGCUGAUUUUCUAUGAAUUCUGGCUCAAUUAAAAGUAUUUUCGAACUGAAAAACACAACUGAUCAAUCUCCGUCCACUACGAGUCAGCAAAAAUAGACAAAUACAAUCCCCAAGAGAGAGAGAGAGAGGAGAACACGAGUCAGCAAAAUUACAGUAAAGGCCUGUGGAACAUGUGAAGCUAUGUAAAGCUAGUUGGUGAACGUUGGUUCUGAAAAUAUUCGGGUCUCAUAAGGGAAUUGUGUAAAUAAACUUUUAAUUUCCCGACUUUUGCUUUGACACAAAAAAAAGAAAAGACAACGUUGAGACUCCCGUGUUUGAGUUUUACGCCCUUUGGACAAAAAGAAACGCCAAAGUCUAAUGUUGACUUUCGAUUGUUUGCACCUGAUAUCUUUUCCUCAAUGUUUGCGUGCACACAUUGCUUGUAGAGGAGCUUACAUCUGGCUUUUGAUCUUUUGAAUCUCGUCUUUUUUUCCCCUCGUCUCUUUCUACUCUGACUUAAUUCAACUGGAAGCAAUGAGCACACAUUUUGGCUGGAGCCCACCAUAGUGUGGACUCGUUGGACUAUGGUGAGACAUACUCAGGAACAAAAAGGACCCACGCUCACAGCAGAAGAGUGGCCUCAGAGUCACUGUUUCUUUGAUCUCAUAUGUGUUGAACAGCGCAGUUAAGAGCAUCGUCAAUGAAACAGUGCUUUGUGAAACCGGGACCUACGGUAAAUGUCGUCAUGAUAUCGGCUUCAAAUCAAUCAUUUCUAAUGUUUGGGCCAUCGUUUCCUGUAGUGUUUUCUUUGUAGUGCUGGUUUGGAUUGAUGUUGAAUCUGCAUUUCGAUGUGAACCUACGGUGUCUGUAACCGUGAAUCUACGGUGUCUGGUGGGCGUCCACCAGCAGAGCUGCUGUACAUUUCAGUGCUUGUCGAGGCGCAGCAGCACAGGAGGUCCAUACAUCUGUCUGCGAAGGGGGUCGCCAUGGCAGCAAGUCCAGAUGAACAGACCAGACAAGAUCCUUUUCCCUCCGGUAAAGACCUCCGCCCUCUGUAUCUCUGCUGCGUUGUACGCAUUAUCCAGAAACACAUGCUGACUUUCCUUUUGUUUCUGAUUCCUGCAGCAGUUUGGGGUCAUUUGUUUGUUUCGUCGGAGCUGUGAUGCGCCAGCGCGGCUUGAUUUCAGCUGACUAAAGCCUUAUUAUGAGUUAUAUUGCCAAAGGAAAUGAAACUGUAACUAGCAUUUUGGUCCCUAAUCAUGUAAGUGUAUUUCGCCUCCAUUAUUUUCUCUGUGGAUGGCGAUGUCGGCCCAUCUGUCCUCCGCUAGAACAUUCCCAUCAGCCUUAGCUGGGGGGACGGGGGGCGGGGGGGGGCGAUCUCUGUUCCCAGGGUUCUAUGUUCCCCAGCUCAAUAUCCUCUUAGUAUGGCUCAUUAGGUCAGAUGUUCAAUGUAUGUUUCCCUGGUUAAAUAUGAUGACAUCACCCACCUACAGCUGAAAACCUUCUGUUGUACACCUCCAAACCUACACCUUCAAAUGUGUAGUUUACACAUACACGUAACAGUGUACCACAACAUAGGACCCUGGGAAUGUAGGGAUGAUCCCACCCCCUUUAUAUGCUAAUUGAGCUAUUGUUGGCAUGCGAACACGCCCCAAUCUGUCCCCUUGGACGAAACGUUUUGGCCCCAUGAGGAAAGCCAAAGCUUCCCCCUUUUUAUAGUUAACAAAACAUUGACAUUAUCGUCAUGAAUGGACUACUAUUCUGUCCUCCGUUGAUCUUUCUUGCUAUUCGAGGAAUGAGUGUCCCUAUCUAUCCAUCCAUCCAUUUGACCGACCCCUCUCUUCUCUAUUGCCAGCCAAGAAACGACGGCCCACCCCUCCCUCCUUCAUUCACUGUGACGGACUCAUCUGCCAUACAUCUGUUAGAAAAGGGAUUUAGCUCUGCUUAAGUUACUUUCACCCAUUCAGAGGGGGGGGGGGGGGUCGCCACAAAGCACUUCACUCCCAUGUUAAGCCGCGGACGGCCCAGCCCAAUGACAAAUGCUUGUUUUUCCUCUCGUGUUCUGGACAGCUGUGGCCGCUGCGUGUUAGGGACAAAUUUAGGAUUGAUUAGAUGUGCUUCACCCAGAGCUUGCUCACGGGCAGCGAGGCGGACCGAGGUUUUGAACUCGGGUCUCUCGACUGGGAGAAUGUAACGCGCACGCGCAGCGGUCGUCUUCAAGAGCCUACAGUCGUCCAUCCCCGGGAGGCCUCCUCCAGACGGCCAUUACACAUGCAUGAAGUUACCUUCUGCUUUUCAGCGUCAACGAAGACAUUCUUUUCUUUUUCAGGAGGAAACAUGAAACUGAGAUAUUUGCUUCACUUUUGCAAAAAAAAAAAAAAUGCAGCAAAAGCCAUUGUAGCUAUAGCUGGGCUUAAAGUAUUUGUGUUACUCACUUUGUUUUUAUGUACUGUAUUUGUUUUAUGUAUUAUACUUAAAAUUACCGAAUAAAAAAAGACGAACAAA